AUGGUGGCUCCCACCAGUGAAAAGGCAGUCUUGAUCUUAGGGGGCUGCGGUUUUGUUGGCUUUCACAUCGUCAAUCAUUUUGUCAAAGAUCAAUUCUUUUCCUCAGUUGCUGUCGUCAGCCGUACUGCCGCCAAGAGUACGAAUCGAGUUGACGGCGCAACAUACCAUGAAGGAGAUUUAAAAGACCAAGAGUCUAUAAGACGAGUGUUUGAUCAGAUCAAACCUUGCCUCAUAAUAAAUGCAGCUUGUCCAUCACCAGUCACGGGAACUCUGGGAGAGUACAAUCUUGUCACCGUCAAAGGAACACAAUGUCUUCUCAAACUCGCCCAAGAAUCCAAGGAUGUUCAAGCACUUAUUUACAUCUCAUCAUGUACGCUUGCUAAAGGUGCCGAGCACCUAGAACUUACAGAAGACUAUCCGCUUGCCAAUACAGAUCCAAAAAGCUCAGCAUACGCUAGAACGAAAGCGCUCGCAGAAAUUUCUGUUCUGAAGGCCAACAAACCCUUCCCGCUUGACAAGACGUCUCCCGACGCAUCUUGGGCAGGCUAUCUAUUGACAUCUGCGCUUCGCUUUCCGAUCGUCUAUGGAACGCAUGAUCCUGUCGGCAUACCUGCAUGUCUUAAUGCGCUGAAAAAAGGCCAAACGAAUGUGCAACUUGGAGAUGGGAAGAAUUUGUGGAGUUUUUGCAGUGCUCAUAAUGCUUGUGUUGCUACUUCGAUACUCGCGCGCAGACUGUUAGGCCUCAUUGAUGUACCUGAAAUGAGUCAUGAUACAAAAGUUGACGGAGAAGCAUUCAACAUCCACGACGGCGAAUCACAUCUAUUCUGGGGAUAUGCACGCACAGUGUGGCGACUCGCUGGUCACAAGCCAAACAAUGAGCGUCUCAUUUCCAUUCCAGCAGGGCUUGUGCUAGCACUGGCAUCAUUCUUGGAGUGGAUAUUCUGGAUUUUUUCUCUAGGAACCAAAAGACCGUAUCAGCUCGGAAAGCAGCAGGUCGAGUACGCUUGUUUUACGCAUACCUACUCUAUAGAAAAAGCCAAGAAGCGACUUGGGUUCAAUCCUGUACAGACGUUUGAAAAAAGCCUGAACGAAGCUGUCACAUGGUCUAUGGAAAAUGGAGGUUGGGGCAAGAAAUCAAAAUAA